AUGCUCUUUGAGCGAAUCCCGCGCCUCCAGGUAAUGAUCUGCCGGCAGUGUCGGUAUGGCGUCUGGCCGGCCGAGGCGGAGCGACACCUCAAGCGACAUCACCAGCUCGACCACCAGACCGUGCGGCCGAUGCUCCAGUCGAUUGCGCAGUGGACGGACGUGGCGCGUAACAGUCAGGCCGUCGACAUCCCCCACUGCCUCGACGAACCGCUGCCGAUUAUCCCCUGCUUCUCGCAGGGCCUCUUAUGCCGCCGCGACCCGGCGACCUGCCACUAUCUUGUCGCGAACAUGAAGUCCAUGCGGAAACACUGGCAGGCGGUCCACCAGUGGUCCCAGUACCCCGAGCGCGGCCGGGCCCCCCAGUCGCAGCAGGCCGCGCGGGAGGCCGAGCUGCGGCGGUCGUACGAGGUGGUCUCCUACCAGCAGCUGUUCCCGUCGCGCGCGGGCUCGCACUACAUCCACAUCCGGUUCCCGCACGGCCGCGCGUCGCCGCCGCCGCCGCCAGACCAGGCGCAGCAGGCGGUCGAUGCGGUCGUGCAGGCGUGGGAGCAGGCGGAGGCCGCCCGUCGACAGGCCCCCAUCGAGCCCACGCAGCUCCACGACGCCAACCCGUGGCUGCGCAUGACGCGGUGGACGGAGUAUCUGAAAGACAUCCCGCCGGCCGACUUGCUGCGCAGCGUGGAGGCCCCCGACCCCGACACGGCCGACCCCGUGGAGCAGGGGGUGCUCAUCCUGUACCACACGGUCGACCAGCUGGCGCGGAAGAGCCAGCGGACGGUCAUGCACUGCGGGCAGGCGAUCCGCAUGGAGGCGGUGCGCACGCAGGCCGGGGAGCUGCCGCACCAGCCGCUGCUGGCGUACAUGGACGCGAACAGCGUGCGGAAGCACGUUCCGCCGUGGCAGCAGAUGUUGGGGUUCUUUGCGCGCACCCAGCAUCCGCAGGCAUGGAAAUGUCCCGUAUACCAGUUUACCGCGCGGCAGCAGCAGAAGUGGACGCGACUGUGGCAGCUGGUGCAGCACCCCGAGCCACCGCCGCCGCCGCCUGAGCUCCCGGAUCUGGACGAGGCGCUACAGCCGUGGCUGCUCGAGCCGCGCGAACGGGCGUGCCUCGAGUUUUGCGUCGAGCUGCUGAACCAGCGCCACCGCACCCACGAGUACGAGAGCGCGCUGGUAUGCGCGAUGGCGGUGCUAGGCCGCGGCCGGGACGGCUGGCGCGACCCUGAGAGCUAUCCCCCUAUCUUAUCGCGGGUCAUCAAGAUCGCGCGGUUUUUCGUCGUCCAGAAGGCACUGUGGCUCGACUCCGCGGCGAUGCAGAUUGUCACCAUGUGGCAGAAGAAGCAGGCAACCGUCCCGUGGGCGCUGCAGAGCGCAGACGACGAGCUAGCGGAUUUAGAUGAGGGGUACGCCAGCGGGUCGGCUGCGAGCAGCCCUGCGCCAUCAUCCAUGGAGUUCGAUAGUGUCGAGGCGGGCUUUCGGUCCCGGCCGGAUCCCAGUUAUGAUCGAAAUGGGGAGCGAUGGCGGGCGCCGUCGAGCGAACGGUCAAGCGAGGGGUUUGGCACCCCCGUCCAUCCGGUGCGGAGCAGCCCUAUCAGCCGUGGAGGGCGCCUGAGUGGUCCGAGCCGCCCCGGCAGCCAGACCGCGGGCCUGUUCGCGGGGGCCACGUUCCAGGACCAGCUCGAGCGGAUGGUGCGGCGGUUCCUGGUGCGCGGCAGCCACGGCCCGAUGCAGACGUUGCUGGACUGGCGCACGUACGGGCUGCGGGUGCAUUACAACAGCACCACGCCCGGACACAUCACGUGGCAGGGGACCGACGAGCUGCUGUACAAGGAGCUGCGCUUUACGAUGGGCGACUUACGCGGCUUCCUCCACGGGCUGGUUGAGACGACGCGGGGGCUGCUGGACGAGCUGCUGUUCUGCGCCGCCGACCGGCCGGCGCCGGCGAUCCCAUGGGGCCGGCUGUACGACAACCCCGUCGAAGGCCAGGCGGGCUGGAGCUUUCUGCGCGAUAGUCGGACGACGUGGCCCGUCGACGGGCAGCGGUGGUUGAUCGACCGCGUUCGGGCCGAGCCGGGGCUGCAGGCGCAGUUUAUUCGGACCCACCGGUUCCACCCCCCUAAGAUCCGGGCGUACUGCAAGCAGGUCGUCACCUUUCGAGAGAAGCUCGCGGUGUUGACACAUAUCUGCGGCGGGCAACCCAGUCGCGCGCCCGAGCUGCUGAGUAUCCAGCAUGUAAAUACGGAUACCAACAUCCGCCGGAAUAUAUAUAUCGACGACGGGCUGGUCACAUUGGUCACCGCGUACCACAAGGGCUUUUACACCAGCAACGACGCGAAGAUUAUCCACCGAUACGUGCCGCAAGAGGUCGGCGAGCUCAUAAUCUAUUACCUGUGGCUGGUGCGGCCGUUCGUCGAUCAGCUCGAUAUCUGGCUGGAGCAGCAGUCGCCCGCGCCGCGCGAGCCCCUCUCCACGCAGGAACGCGCCUUGCUGGCCGAUUUAGCGGAUAAGCCCGUCCACCCCGCCGCGUACCGCGACAUCGCCAUUGGCAUCAGCCGGCGGUUUCUGCGGGCCAGCAGCCAGUUCCCACAGCGGGCCGAUGAGCGCCAUGAGCGCGAGCAGGUCAUCGCCGACUCCGAUAAUGAAGCGGCGAUGGAUGAGGACCAGUGGCAGAGCCACAUCGCCGACUUACAGGCGGCGCACUCGUCGCAUGUUGCCGGUAUGAUCUACGGCCGCGGGCUGAUGGAGCAGGCUGGCACGCCAUAG